AUGGAGAAGCUAGCGACGCAAACGCUCUCAUUCGUACCGCUGCAGGGGAACCCCUUCUCUGGUGUAGGAUAUCAUACGCAUAGGAUCUUUUCUCGAGAUGCACGACUGAAGCUGUGUCGAUGGAAAAAACGAGCGCUCCCGGCGGUGUCUGUGUUGCCGCGUGGCGUCGGUAGACUGCUGCUGGCGCACGCAGGGCAGCACCAGCGGCAGGCACUGUCGAGCCUGUGGCAAGCGCACCUUUCGACGCACGUUCACAACCUGGAUAUUGGGAGCAUCCUCGAAACACCAGUUUCGCUGGGGGGCAAAUCAAGGCUCGUGGCGGCGUUUACACUGUCUGACCUGCUCGUCAUUCUUAUUUUGUUGGUUGCGUAUCGUCGCAUGGUCCGCAUCUUAGCGCGAAGCGUUCUUCAACCAGCCGGUGCUCGUUUGCCGGACAAGUGGUUAACGAGAAAACUUAUUCCCGCUGACGAACACGGGCUUGUGCGCUGGAUAGAGUCUACGGAGCGGGCUGUGGGACUUUUCCUAACACUGCGGCUGGGGGUCAUGGCCUGUCAGUUUGGGCUCGUGCUGGGUGCACGACUGGGAAUCACCAUCUGGCCUAAACUGCCGUACGUUAUCUCCCGUCUCGCUACGAUUGGGUACUUUGCUUUCGUGCUCGACACGUUCUACAACUGGUUCUUGUAUGAACGCGAGGACCUGUCGUUGUCUCAGAUAUUUGUGCUGGGAAGGCUCGGAACGGUUCUCAUUUACGCUGUUGCGUUCCUGGUUUUCGUUGAAACCACCGGUCUGCCACUGCGCUCCAUCUUAGCGUUUGGUGGUAUCGGAGGCUUGGCCGUCGGCUUGGCCACACAGGAACUUGCCAAGAACUUUAUCAGCGGCAUCAUGCUUGCCCUGGGGGCGCCGUUUGCACCCGGUGAAUCCGUCCAGUUGAAUACGCUCGGUGUAUCGGGGCAAGUGCGCCAGAUCGGUUUCUAUAAAACCGAGCUCAUCGGUGCAGACGGGCGACCGAUCUGGAUUCCAAACGCGCAGCUCUUGAACGAACGUCUCACCAAUAACUCUCGAAUAACAAAUCGAAGGAUCAAUCUUCGCUUCGGACUCCGGUACCAGGAUAUCGACAAAAUCGGUAGGAUCGUGGAGCGGGUGCGGGAAAUGCUGGCGGAGGUUCCGGAGAUCGCGGCCUACCGAGAGUCCAUCUCGGUAUUCUUCACGGAAUUUGCGGAGUACUCGUUGCCGAUUCAGUUAAGUUGCAUUGUGAAUGUGACGGACGGACGGAGGUUUCUCGAAAUUCAACAACAGGUACUCAUCGAACUGAAUCGCAUCGUGAAAAGCGAAUUGGCGGAUUUCGCUUUACCUACGCGCGCUAUCGAGUACCUGCCGCCGCGGUAG